ACUACGGAGACAGCCAUGUGCGCUGCGUUGGUCCGCUAGAAACCGUGGUCAUCACAGAAGCAACGGGCGUUUCUUGAAAAGGAAAAAGUGAUACUUCCUUUUUCAUGGGUAUUUCUUAAGAGCAAUAUUUUUUACACUCGGAAGAGCUAGAACAUCCUAUAUAACGACACCGUUUUAUCAUCUAUCAAAGUUCGAAGUCAUAAAAUGACAGCCAGCUUCCACAUGUUGAAUAGUUACGUAUCAGGGCGAAAAAUAAUAGAUAAAGUUUUGACCUUUUUGGGUGUAAUUGUCAUAAAAUUAAUAAAGAUAGAAUCAUUUCGUUUCGUUUCAUUUUGAUUCCAAACUGAAGAAGGAGAAGAGCUAAAAAAAAAUCGCUGUAACGAGAAAUCUCAGCAAAUAAUGAAGCAAUCGCAGUGUAUAAUUCAAAGUGCACUCCCUGAUGAUAUUCUCCUGAAGAUUGCUUCAUUCCUUCAGGAACCAGAAGUGUGUGCUUUGGGAAGUUGUUCACAGUUUUGGAGAAACUUAUGUGGGUCGGAUUGCAUAUGGGAAUCUCUUACAAAACAAAGAUGGCCACUUCUGUCCCUGUUCGAUACACCUUCUGUAACUGGAUGGAGAGGAUUAUAUAUGAAACGGCAUAAUGAGAUGGCAAGUGGAACAAGAGAUGUGAUUAAUUAUGUGGAGCAAUGUAUGCGAUCAGAUUCACUAGAGGUUGGAGAUUAUUUACAGGCAAUUGAUGACCUGAACACUAUGCAGCUUGGAUUCAAAGAUGUGCAGAUGUUUCUGUUUAAGCCGAAACUGAAUGUGCUGCUUAACUUGGUUGGCUUGCACUACUGCAUUUUCUGGCUUAAAAUGCAGAACACAAUAAUUGGCAGCCUGAGAUUGUAAUGGAAGCACUUCAGAGUUGCAAGAUUUCAGAGCGUCAAGUGUGUGUGAAAUGGUGGAAGCUUGGCAGGUGGUUCUAUGGCUUCCGGAUGCGGGACGAAUCUCAUUCCCGUUGGGUCUCUCUGGCAGAUCUUGCAAUGACAAAAGAAGCAGAGGUUCUAGGAGUGCUCCACCGCGGUGCCAUUCAUGAGGUUUUACGAGUUCAGAUCUUUUUUGUUAAUUCCUCGUGCACUCCAUGGUGUUGUCAAAGCUCCCAGGCUCUGGGUUAAAAAGGUUACAAUGAUGCUUAUAUGUACAUAAGCUUCUUUUACCUCAAAUAUGUGCUUGUCUAUGUCAUAAAAUCAUAAAUAUAGCAAAUUGUAGCAAUACUUAAUGAUCUUUGAAACAUCAUAUCCAAAGAAAGUUUGAUUAAAAUUUGCAGCGUGCACAUAGCUGUUCUUUUC